AUGCAACGACGACGACGACGACCACGCAGUUCUUCUCAGACACCGCGCGACCCCGCCGGUCGCGCCAGCCACCGCCACCUAUCUACAGUUUCCCGCUGUUCCUCCCCCCACAUCGGCCGCCCGCCGCCGCCGCCGCCGCGUGCCUUGCCUGUGUGACUAGUCUCGCGCGCGGUGACGCGCCGCCGGGAGAGAGAGGGAAAAAAAAGAAGAGGAAGAAGAAAGAAACAGCCGUUACUACCGCGCAUUCGGGGGCGGCUGCUCUCUCCCUCUCCUCUCACGUUUUCCACCCCCCACCGCCUCGCGGGCUCGCCCUCGCGUCACUCCUUGGCGCGGCCUCCUCCGCGGCUGCUGCCUUCCGGAGUGUUCCGCUGCUGGCGUUACCACUCGCGGUGGACGACAAAAGGGAGGGGGGGUGGUGGUGGAGCGGAGCGGGGGUGGAGCGAACCCUAAAUCUCCGGGCUGUGUGGGGGCGGUGGCUUGUUGGGGGGGAACCCGGUGCAUGCGAGCGGCGACGGCUUCGGCGGCGGGGGUGAGAUCUAUGCGCUGGGCCGGAGGCGGGGGAAGGGGAGUCGACUGAGCGGUAGAGGAGGGAGAUGGCGUCGGCGGCGUUGUCGCUCGCGGUGGCGGUGGUGGCCGUGGCGGUCGCCGCGGUGGUGGCGGUGGCGCGUGGGGCGCUGCGGCGCGCCGCGGCGCGGAGGGAGGAGGUGCGGCGCCUCGCCAGGCUCGCGGCGGUGGAGGCCGAGGUCGCGGAGCGCGAGGCGUACUGCUACGCGCGGGGGAGGGGCGGCGUGGCGGGUGCGCCGCUGUGGACGGUGCCCGAGGUGGCUUCGCCGCGGGAGGACGAAGAGGAGGAGGAGGAGGAGGAGGCCGCGGCGGUGGAGUUGGAAAUGCCGGCGGCCCGUCAGGCGGAGGCAGCGGCGGCGGCGGCGGCGGUGAAAGGGGUGUGCGUGGUGUGCCGAAGGCCAACCACGUUUAGAUGCAAGCGCUGCAAAGGGGUCAAAUACUGUACCUUCAAGUGCCAGAUAUCUCACUGGAGACAAGGCCAUAAAGAUGAAUGCCAUCCACCAAGAGUUGAUGCCAGGCCUGACAAUAUAACAGUAGUUUCUAGUGUUAAAAAGGGUGUUGGAAUGUACAAUUCAUUUGAACAAAGUGUGAAAUCCAGCGUAGAACCAGCGGUUGAAGUCAACAAGUCAGUUGCUGCUGUGCCUGAAUUGUCUGAGGCAAACCUUGUCUCCGAUGGUGUAGAUAAUGAAAGAAAGAAGAUGAGAGGUCAGAAGGCAUCUAUUACUGCAAAGGUUUCUGAGGAUGUCCUUGACAACAAUAGGAUUAGAUCUGUUGAUAGUUCUAGGCUCCCAACUUCUGGUAAAGCUUGCAAUAUUCAGGAUGCUACUGUUAAUGAGAAUUUCUCUAAGACUUCAGCAGGCAGCUCCAGUUCUCGAGUUGAACGGUCUACCACGUCGGAACCUGAACUGAACCAUUCUAACAAACAGGCUUCUGGCACAGACAACCUUAAAAGUUCGAGAGGUUUGCCAUCUGUGUCAACUGUUGGCACAAUUUCUUCUAUUCAUGGAUCAGAGAAAGAAGCUGCUAUGCCAAAUAAUCGGUCAUUGGUAAAGAAUAUUCCCAGGCAACAAGCAGCUGCAAAAGUUGUGAGGCAUUAUCCAUCGGAAAUGACACUUUUUCCGUAUGAACAUUUUGUCAAGCUCUACAAUUUUGACAAGGUGGAGCUGCGCCCUUUUGGUCUUGUGAACCUUGGGAAUAGUUGUUACGCAAAUGCUGUUCUUCAGUGCUUGGCAUUUACGCGGCCACUUACAGCAUACCUUACGGAAGGACUUCAUUCAAGAAAUUGUUCCAAAAAGGAAUGGUGCUUCAUGUGUGAGUUUGAAAAACUCAUUCUGGAGGGUAGGCGAGGAAAAUCUCACUUGUCACCUACUGGAAUACUAUCUCAUUUGCGUGACAUUGGAAGUAGCUUUGGCCCCGGUAGAGAAGAAGAUGCUCAUGAAUUUCUCAGGUAUGCAAUUGAUACUAUGCAAUCUGCUAGCAUGAAGGAAGCCAAGAAAAACGGUGUUUAUGGGCUGCCUGAAGAAACAACACUGGUGCAGUUAAUAUUUGGGGGCUAUCUACGAUCGAAGAUAAAAUGCACAAUGUGUCAAGGCAGUUCAGAACAAUGUGAACGCAUUUUGGAUCUUACUGUUGAAAUAGAUGGGGAUAUCAAUACCCUUGAAGAAGCACUUCAUCGGUUUACAUCUACAGAAAUUUUAGAUGGUGAUAAUAGAUACAAUUGCAGCAGAUGCAAGUCAUAUGAACGUGCCAAAAAGAAGUUGACAAUAUCAGAAGCACCAAACAUCCUGACUAUUGCGCUGAAAAGAUAUCAGUCUGGUAAUUUUGGCAAGAUCAACAAGGCUGUCAGGUUCACGGAGUACUUGAAUUUGUCUAACUACAUGAGUACAGCAGAUGAUAUUUCCCCCGUGUACCAGCUCUAUGCUGUGGUUGUCCAUCAUGAUGUUAUGAAUGCAGCCUUUUCUGGCCAUUAUGUGUGUUAUGUCAAAGACACACAAGGGAAGUGGCACAAGAUGGAUGACAGCCAGGUGAAACCUGUUUCUCUGGAAAAAGUCUUGUCAAAGUGUGCAUACAUGCUAUUUUACGCAAGGUGUUCACCACGGGCACCAAACUCUGUAAGGAAAAUGAUUCUUGCUCAAGACUCAUCGUGCACAAAGAAAGCCAAGCAGAUGGUGGAUCCAGGACCACCAUCUUUGGAAGGAGGAAGUUACUUAAGCAGACACCAAGGUGGGCAGUCAUGUAGAGAUCAUAUAGUCUAUGACCUCACCUACACAUUCGGUGGCUCAUCUUAUACAGUAGUGGAGUCCCCGAGUCCAAGUGACAGCUCCUCGCUGUUCAGCAACUCUGAUGCAGGGUCAACCAGCACUUUCAGUAGUGAUAGCACUGACAGCACAAGGAAUUCGACCAGCAUGGAGGAGUAUGAUUACAUAUUUGGAAGCUCGGAUCAAAUGUACCCUGUAAGCACGGUGGUUAUACCUGAGGAACAUGAACUUAGCUAUUCGCGGCAGAGGUCUAGCUUGAACCCCAGCACUUCAAGUCAAUAUGUGGAUCAAGCAGCUGAGGUUGAGAUGCUGCACCAGCACCAGCAUCAGGCCGGCAGAGGGGGCUGGGAUGAGGGUGAUGUGAUGCCAUUCUUCUAUUCCAACCAAGGUAAACACCACGAUAGUAGUAGAAGUAGCAACAUUAGUAGUAGUAAUAGGAAGUUAACAGAACAGCGUAGGACGAUUGGGGAGGUUGACCAUGGCCCUGGAGAGGGCCAUGGCAGCGUUUUACUUAGAAGGGCGGCUAGGGAGAGGAUUGCCCAAGCAAUUUAUUGAUACAGGGGGCUUGGGAUGUAGAUUAAUAAUUUAUUAUCCUGUAUAAAUACACUAUUGCAAUUAUAAAAAAGGCAUUCAUUAAGGCCUUGUUUGGAUAGUCUGAAAUUACUACCCAUCGACGUGGAUGGGCUAGGAUUUUGAACUAAAAUCCUGGCACACAUGUUGACGGGCUAGGAUUGAGGCUCAUCCAAACAAGACCUAUGAGAAGAGGCGUCCAUCCUUUCACCUUGA